AUGGAGUGGAUUAUGGGUAAAUGUAAACAAUUUUUACGGUUCAUUCAGAAUAAUUCGACUGCUAAUCGUAUAAAAAAAGAACCAAGCGACGAGAAUCACUUUUUUUACCGAAAUAUCUUAGUAGAUAAGAAUCAAAAGGUCGGAGGCGGUCAAGAAGGUAAGCAACCGCUUCUAAAGGAUUCAGAUCAACACUCAAUUGCUCCAACACUUGGCGAAGAAACAUUCAUUGAGAUUCUUUUCAAUGAGAAAAAUCAAGAUGACUAUCAGGAGAUUAAUAAUAAUGAACUUUCACUUGAAAAAAAAAAAAUCAAAAUUUACCCGAUCUAA